UCACAGUGAAUGAACAUUUGAACUCAGUGGUCACGUGUAAUGUUGACAGAUAACAAAAUAACCUUAUUUAAAUAUUAUAAAUGUAAACAAGUUCUUGUGAUUUUUUAAUUCUUAUACAAUAAUACAAAAUAUAAUGGCUGUGCUACCACCGGAUCCUGUGUUUACCCUAAAACAAAAUGAUGUGGGUCUUAUACAUUGUUUAUGUUUUCCACCAACACCUGAAACAAGGCCACCAAAUCGUCUUCUUGCCGGAACUGAAAAAGGCUUUCUCUAUAUCUGGAGUUUGGAUUCGAAUCGAGUUCUAAAUAAAAUUUUUAUUGGUAAUUCGCUGUUAUCAAUUCAACAUACAGAUGAUAAGAUGAUAACCACUUUAAAAUCGGGUGAAAUUACCGUAUGGAACAUGGAAAAUGAGUGCCAAUAUAAGGAAUUACAUAAAUUAGAAUCGGGACCUGGGUUUUGUCGUACAAUUCUAGCACAAGAUAAAUAUAUCGCAACAAAUCAAAGUAACUCAACUGUAGAAAUCUAUGAUUUUAUGUCAAAGCUCAAAGUUGCAUCUUUUGUACCCGAUGCCGAUUCGAAAUUUGGUAAUGUAAUGUGCUUACAACAUAUAAAUAUUAAUGAAAACGAUUAUAUUUUAUCCGGUUACGAAUCAGGCGAUUUAUUAUUAUGGGAUACUAAAUCAUCAAAAACACCGCUAAGUCAGUUAAAAUUACGUGAAUUUUUAACAUCGAUGGAUUUUGAUAUUGCAAAUUAUCGCGGAAUUUGUGGAAAUUCUUCGAAUUAUUUACAAGUAUUUAAUUUGGAUCGAUCGUUAAAUUUGUCACUUAAAUGUGAAUUAUCGAUGACAAAUAAUGGUAGUAAUGUUGUAAAAAUUCGUCCCGACCGUAAAGUUUUUGUUUCGGGUGGUUGGGAUGGAUUUUUACGGAUAUAUUCAUGGAAAAGUUUACGACCAUUAGCUGUUCUAACAGAACAUAAAGGUGCAUUAUGUGAUAUUACAUUCUCUGAUCGUCCUGUCUCGAGUUGGAAAGUUAAAUUAAUGGCUGCGGCUGGUAAUGACGCACAAAUUAGUCUUUGGGAUUUGUAUAAUAAUUAAUUUUGCAUUUAUUAUUGAGUACUUAUUUAUUUAAUUUAAUUUUUUAAAUGGCUGUUUUUCUGAAAUAAAUAUGGGGUAUAAUUUAAAAUAUAAGAAACACAAAAUAAUGACUUCAAACAUGAGAUUCCUUAACGUCUCGAAAAAAAUAUAAAAAAUUAUUU